GAGAGAAAUUUGGAUUUGGGGAACAUCCGGACGAUUUGGGUACUCAAACAACUGGCUUUGUGAUUCGAUUAAAAUGGCCCAAAUUUACUAAGAAGUUUAUGAGCUUCGGCCAUUUAUUUUCAUUGGGUUUAGCAUCUCCUUGGGCCAUACACCUCGAGUCGGCCUUCUUGUUUUUUAUUUUAUUUUCACUACAGUGGUGCUUUAGAUCGGAAACUUUUUGUUUUUUGUACUUGUGAGUUGUAACUGAUCUUCUUCGUUGGCACUGAUCGGAGGGGUAUAUUAUUUGUUCAGAUUGACAGAUUAUAGCUUGCCAGAUUAAUUUGCAUGGUGCACGUAAGAAGUUCGAUGAAAUGUUCCUGAGAAAUAUUUCAUCCGCUUCAUGAACUUAGAAAAUUAGCAGCUUGCUAGAUGUUUUGGUUGUUAAUAAUCGUAUCAAUAAUUAUAGUCUGGGUGGCUUCACUAUACAAAAUUAUCAAUGCGUCACGUUCCCAAUCCAAUUCUGUAUUUUUGAGUACAGGUAAGUUAAGUGACAAGAGAAUUGUCUUGCUUGUUAUUGCCCACCCAGAUGAUGAAUCUAUGUUUUUCUCUCCAACAAUUAAUUACCUGACCUCAAGGGGACAUAGUAUUUACAUAUUAUGCAUGUCAAUAGGUAAUGCAGAUGGAAUGGGGAACAUCAGAAAGGAUGAACUCUAUCGGGCUUGUGCAGUUCUCAAGGUUCCACCAGAACACGUGAAGGUCCUGGAUCAAGUAGAUUUUCAGGAUGGUUUUGGCAAUGUGUGGAAUCGUAAUUUGCUGGCCAAGAUUGUUGAAGAGGAAGUCAUUACUCAUGGCAUUGACUUGAUAAUCACUUUUGAUAACUAUGGUGUUUCGGGGCAUUGUAAUCACCGUGAUGUUCAUCAUGGGAUAUGCAACUUCUUGACUGAAACUUCCUGUAGCAAUAUCGAGGCAUGGGAACUUAUUAGCAUUAACAUAUUACGCAAGUAUAGUGGACCCCUUGACAUCUGGCUGUCCUUCUUGUCUGCAAUGCAUUAUCCCAGUGGAAACUUUCAGUGCUUGCUUAAUGAGCAUCCUGGUAAGAGCUUUCUAGCAAUGUCAGAACACCUUAGCCAAUGGGUUUGGUUUCGGAAGCUUUUUGUAUCAUUUUCCAGUUAUACUUAUGUAAACACCCUCAGAAGGAUUCACAAUUAGGUUUUUUUUUUUU